AUGUUUCUGCUCCACACCUCAGAAGUUGAAGUCUCCACAUUCCUGUUGAUUGGGAUACCAGGACUUGAGCAUGCACACAUUUGGAUCUCUAUCCCCAUCUGCCUUAUGUACCUCAUGGCCAUCCUGGGCAACUGCACUAUCCUAUUUGUUAUCAGAAGAGAGCAUUCCCUGCAAGAGCCCAUGUACUAUUUCCCCUCCAUGCUGGCCCUGUCCGACCUGGGCCUGUCUUUCUCCUCCCUACCCACUAUGCUGAGAACUUCUUGUUCAACAACAUGGGGGAUUUCUGUUGAUGCAUGCAUUGUCCAGGAAUUCUUCAUCCAUGGAUUCACAGACAUGGAGUCUUCAGUCCUCCUAAUCAUGUUCUUUGAUCGCUUCAUAGCCAUUCGCAACCCCCUAAGAUAUAGCUCUAUUCUCACCAGCGUCCGGGUUUUGCAAAUUGGAUUAGUGUUUGCUAUUAAAAGCAUUCUCCUAGUGCGACCCCUUCCUUUUACUUUAAAGAGACUCAGAUACUGUAAUAGACACCUUUUAUCCCACUCCUACUGCCUUCACCAGGAUGUAAUGAAGCUGGCCUGCUCUGACAAUAGGGUUAACUUUUACUAUGGUUUGUUUGUUGUGCUCUGCAUGACGUCAGACAGUGUUUUUACUGCUAUUUCCUAUGUGUUCAUCCUGAAGACUGUGUUGGGAAUUGCAUCCCGUGGGGGUGCAAUUAACACCUGUGUGUCUCAUGUCUGUGCUCUACUCAUCUUCUAUGUGCCCAUCAUCACCUUGGCUACCAUGCAUCGCUUUGCUAAGCAUAAAUCCCCUUUAGCUACGAUUCUGAGAGCAGAUGCAUUCUUGCUGGUACCACCCUUGAUGAAUCCCAUUGUGUAUUGUGUAAAAACUUGGCAGAUUAGGGUAAAGGUCCUGGAAAAAUUGGCUCUGAAGCCUAAAUGA